AUGUCUGAACUUGCGCGAACCCUACCGGCAUCGUGGUAUUGCAAUAAGCCCCUCUAUCAGAUGGAGCGGCGUGCCGUCUUUCUCAAGUCAUGGUAUUUACUUGGCCCGGUCACGAGAUUCCAGGAAGUAGGCGAGCAUGUGGACUAUGAGAUUGCACAGCAGUCGAUCUAUGCAAUCCGUACUGGAGGAGAUUCUCUCAACCCAGGCUCCGAUGAGCUGAAGGUAUUCUGUGCAAAGACGGACAAAGAGCUGCGCUGCCAUGUCACCCCUACCGGACUCCUUUUCUCAACGAUUUCAGAUGAUGCACCCAGCUUCCAUGAGUUCUUCCCUGAAUUAGAGGACUUACUAGAGAAAGUCGACUUCACUAGGCUCCCAUAUCGUCGCAGCAUCCGGUACGAAGGUCGAUUCAACUGGAAGACCAUGGUGGAUGGAUACCAAGAGUGCCUGCACUGCCAGUACACUCAUCCAUCGUUCUCGGUAUUCUAUCCGCCUACUUUCUACGCAGUGCACAACAAGCACAACUUCUCCCAGCACAUCGCCGACCCCAAGAAGCCCGACGAUGGUCUAUUCCUCUACUUCUUCCCCAACUGCACCCUCAACGUGUACGGUGGCGGCAUGUCCUCGUUCCGUGUUUGUCCUACGGCAGAUCCCCACGUAACCCGCAUGGAAUUUGAUUACUACCACCUAGCAUCUGGAGAGAAAUUUGAAGAAUACUUCAAAUUCGUUCGGCAGGUCGCCAUGGAAGAUUUUGAGCUAUGCGAGAAGGCUCAGGAGAAUCUGGCCAAGGGCGUGUACCACGAGGGUAUCCUGAAUCCGAUUCAAGAGAAUGGGGUGUCCUACUACCAGAGACGCGUCUUUGACAUGGUCGUCGAACAACAUCAAGCGGAUCGAAAGAUUCAAAGUGAGGAAUCAGCGCCAGAAGAGCGGGCAGCACCAGCUAGCGUUGAGACAGCAGCGUAG